CUUGCUUGUUAAGGUAAGAGAGUCGGAGAACUCACCAGAAAGAGAGCUGAACCCCGCCAGAUAUCAAACUUCACACGAGUCAUAAAGCUGACAUGCAGCCUUUAUUGGAUCCAAGAGCUGCUGGAGGAAGACCCGCGAGGUCCGCACCCAGCGAAUAUACCUUAAUUUUCUUCGACCUGGAAACCACCGGUUUGGAUGUCUCGGGGUGUGACAUUGUCCAGCUGUCUGCGGCCUGUGGUGAGAGGACCUUCAACGCGUACGUGGUGCCUCGCCGCGGGAUGGGCUACAGCGUCUCCUUUAUGACAGGAUUCACAGUGGAGGGCGACUGCCUGCUGCAUCAUGGUCGCCCCAUGACGAUCGUCCCUCUCCAGGACGCACUCGCCGAUUUCCUCACCUUCCUACGCGGCUUCCACAGCCCCGUCCUCGUGGCCCCCAACGUGCUCAGGUUCGACGCCCCCAUCCUCCUCCGUGCCCUGAGAGGUUUCUCCCUCCAAAAUGAGCUCGAGAGGGUCACCCCAGGUUUCCUCGACACUUUAUUGCUCAGCAGAGACCUACCAGCCUGUUCCGGGGUCAGGAAGUUCUCGCUGCAAUACCUCGUUGAAUACUUCCUGGGCAAGUCGUUUGAGGCUCAUGAUGCUCUAGAAGAUUCCAAGGCCCUAGAGCAGCUGUGCCAUGCCUGGAACCCAAGCCCAAUGCUCAUACGCAGACACCUGUACGCAGUGCAGCAGAUACAUUUCUAACUUCCAGUUUUCAACGCCAGGGGGCGCCAAGGAGAAUAUUUGUUUGUGAGGCCUGUAUCGGUUGAACAUGCCUCUCUAAAAUGAUGUUUUUCGUUUAAAAUUGGGCACUUCACAGUUUCUCAUACGGAUGUUAAAACGAGCUGUGUUUACUUCAACUGCCUACAUUAAUCUUUUUGGCAUAAUUACAAUAUAAUUGCAUCAUCACCAUAUUUUACACAAAAUACUUCCACAUUAUUUCCCACAGUACUGACAAAUAAAAUCAUGCUUAUUAUGUUGCCUUUACUUUUGCCAAACCUACAUGGACUGUGGACCAAACUGUUAAAUACAUUCUGGUUACGUCUGCCCUCUACACUUGUGUUUUCAUAAUAAAACGUUUACAGACA